CAGGAAGGUCACAGCCCGAGGAAAUUUCGGGCCAAGUUCAGGACAUGCUUUCAAGACGUUCUCUGACCAUCAGACCACAAGCUCUAGGAACAGAACCAAAACGAAGCUGAACAAGGAAGCAGCACACAGGAAGAAAAGCAGAAGUGGGAGCCUUGGAGACUUGGCCGUCCUCUUUGAGGAAGAUCGAAGCUUCAGGCCCAGUUGGGACCCGAUGCUGCUGCAGGUGACCUCUGUGCUGGAGAGAUGACCCAGCAGGACCGCGCAUCGUGGCUGCCUUCUGCUCUGGCUCUGCUGCUUCUCUGGGCCCCAGGCUCUUGGUCUCUGAGUGGCCCCCGCACCGUGACGGGCACAGUGGGGGAGUCCCUGAGCGUGCAGUGUCAGUACGAGGAGGAAUUCACAGGAUAUGUCAAAUACUGGAGCAAAUAUCGGUAUUUGUCACUGAUGACGAAGAAGAUUGUGGAGACGACAGAGUCAGAGAGAGAAGUGAGGCGCGGCCGCGUGUCCAUCAGGGAUGACCCUGCAAACCUGACCUUCACAGUGACCUUGGACAGCCUCACAAAGAAAGAUGACGGCACAUACGAGUGUGGGAUCAAUAAAUGGGGUCAGGACCCCACGUUCCUGGUUGAGGUGUCUGUGUUCCCAGCAUCAACGUCAGCGCCACCUGCAAACAUCACAAGAGCCAAGACCUCGACAAUCACAGCCCAAAUCCCAACUGUGCCCGCAGUUCGGCCUUCAGUGGAUGACACCGUCAGUGCCAACAGCCAGGAGAACGAACAGCAGGAACAGCAGCCGAGCGGGAGCUGGGGGCUCCAUGUGGCGCUCUCCUUGUUAGCAUUUCUGCUCCUUCUGUUGGGAGGCACCUUACUGCUGGCUUGGAAAAUGGCUCGGAGACGGAUCAAAGCUGGUGAGAAUCUGGAGCCACUGCAGAACCCCGGCCAGGCUGCCCAGCAGAGUGAGCUCUGCUAUGCCCACCUGGAACUGCCGACAUGGCCCCUUCACGAAGAGCCUGUGCGACCGAGGCAGGUGGAGGUGGAAUACAGCACAGUGGGGCCCUGCAUGGAUGAACCUUACUACACUUCGGUGCUAUUCCACCCCCAGAGUCAGGAUUCCAAGGACAAGUCUCCCGCCCGGAGGCCCCGGCUGCCGGAAUCACAGUACACUGUGAUUAGGAGAUAAGCCUGCAUCUCUGGCCUCACCACCUGGUGGUCUCUGUGGACCCCGGAAGCCCAGGGCCGACCCCCUCACCCUCACUCACGUGCUCCUCCGCCUGCCUCUGCUCAGUGGUGACUGACAUCAGCCCAUGUGGCUUCGCUGAGGACGAGGGGGUCUGGUGGGACCUGCAGGAAACACUGCCAUCCUUCUGACUCUCGUCCUCUCUUUCUUCUUUUUCUCUACUUCCUACCAGCUCUGUGUGUGGAGGACGGGGGCUCAGUCCCCUGUGACUCCAGGAAUUGGUGUGGCUCACAUAGGAUGUUACCUCCGAAUAGCUUUGUAAAUCAUGCCCCAUGAAAGUGUCUGGGUUUGCUGGGGAGUGGGACACCUGGCAGAGAGCCAGGAGAACACAAAGUCACUGACAUUGGGUCCCCUCGUCUCACAGACGAGGAGACUGAGGCUAGAGAGAGGCAUGGCUUGCCUGGGGCUCCGGAACCAGCAGUGGGCAGGGUCCUCGGUUCCUCUGGACUCUUAGAUGAGGUUUAUUUUUAAUAUGAGACAUCAAUAAAGUGUAAAAUAGCUUAA